GAUACAUAUUCUUUUACCAAACUAACCUUUUGUCGCAUCUUUUCUGUAGAAUGUACAUCUCAAACCUCUCAUUACUGAAGUUGCGCUGAUGCUAACGAUGAGUCAAGGACCCAUAAGCCCCUACGUCAUCCAACUAUAUGAGUGGUUUGAGCACCCUCAAGUAUUCACUCUCGUGAUGGAGAAUCCGGAUCCCUGCGAGAGCUUGUUGGACUUCAUCAACAAUAACCCUAACAUGAAUGAGACAACAGCACGGCUCAUCAUGUGUCAGGCGGUGCAAGCAGUACAGCACUGCAUUGAGUGCGGUGUUUUUCAUAAUGAUAUUCAUCCAGACAAUAUCCUGUUGAGAAAACACACUUUGGAGCUCAAGUUAAUAGACUUUGGCUGUGGUCAUCUUAUUAGUAGUAAUGGCUAUGAUCGCAGUCAAUAUAGAGGAAUACAGGCUUACUUCCCACCUGAGCUCUUCACCUGUGGCAGAUUCUACGCCAUCUCUACAAACGUCUGGGCUCUAGGAGUGUUGUUGUAUGAGAUGGUGAACACGUGUUCUCCAUUUUGCAGUAUAACUGAAAUCACACAAGCUGAAAUUAGGUUUGAAAACCCAGAUUUAUCCAAAGGUGAGAGAAUAGCACUGACAACACACACAUACAGCUUCUGCACAGAAUUAACAAACAUUGGUAGAGAAUGUCCUGUCUAAAACACAGACUUUAGUACUUACCAACUGAUGUUAGAGGUUAGAAUUAUGUGUUCAGAGUUAUGUUUCUAAUAAUUGUAAAUUCCCUUAACCUUAAAUUAACCACGUUUCAGCUGUUUUGUGCAUGCUAACAUUAGUCACAUGGUCAUGACUAACCAGCUCUUUCCUGAAAACAGAAUGCCGUGAUCUGAUCAUCCAGUGCCUAAACCGUGAUCCAACUGAACGGCUGACCCUCGAGCAGAUCUUGCUGCAUGACUGGUGUAAAACAGUGGAUCUAGAAGAGUCAGAGGAUUGAAACAGCAUUGGUUUCAGAGUUGAGCCAGUGUAACAGACGAGAGUAGGAAACUACAUCUGUGCUGUCAUCUUCAAUUCUGAAUCAUAUAUGAUGUAGAUUUAAAAUAUGAUCA